UAUUUGAUAGUGUCUGGGUGUCGACUGAUCAUGACGAAAUCGCCAGAAUCUCGGAGGAAUUCGGAGCUAGCGUUUUCCGACGAGGUGCUCAUUCGGCAAGGGAUAGUGCAAGUUCACUGGAAGGCAUGCAAGAGUUCCUCGAUUUUCACCCAGAAGUGGACAUUUUGACUUUGGUUCAAUGCACGUCUCCGUGCCUACAUCCGUGGCACUUCCAAGGUCCUGCUCAUAUGAUUCGUCACGGAGGCUACGAUUCUGUAUUUGCCGUCACUCGGCAGCAUAAAUUCAGAUGGGAAGAGGUGAAAUCGGAAGGCGGAAGUUCAACACCUUUGAACCUGGAUGCCGCACGUCGCCCCCGAAGACAAGACUGGAGCGGAGAACUGGUUGAGUCUGGAGCAUUUUAUUUCACACGCAAAUCGCUGCUAUUGCAGGGCUUAUUCCAGGGUGGAAGGGUUGGGUAUUUUGAAAUGGGUGCAGAGUACAGUGUUGAUAUUGAUACAGACAUCGAUUGGCCAAUAGCAGAACAGCGCGUUAUAAAAUUUGGCUACUUUGGAAAGACCAAACCGCAGGGGGUCAAGCUGGUCGUCUUUGGGGUAGACGGUGUUUUGACCGACAGUUUAAUGUAUAUUACUGAAGAAAUGGGCCAGUUUACAACAUAUAACCAAAAUGAUGGUGUAGGAAUAAAGAUGCUCAAGGCAAACGGAGUGACAGUGAAGUUUAUUGCAUCCGAAACGAAUGAUCUUCACCAGAAAUUUGCAGAUAAAUUAGGAGUGGAUUUAAUAAUGGGUUGCGACAACAAAUUAGCUCAGUUGGUGAAAUGGAGGAAUGAAAUGGAACUAGAUAUGACCCAAGUAGCAUAUAUGGGUAAUGAUAUACCCGAUUUGGAAUGUGUUAAGCUGGCAGGGAUUGGAGGAUCCCCUAAGGACGCGCAGCACGAUGUCCAAGUUGUGUCCACGUUUGUCGCAAGUCUUGAUGGUGGACGAGGUGCAGCUAGAGAAUUCUGUAACCACAUACUUCUAGUAAUGGAACAAGCGAAAUCAGUUGCAAACCGGAGCGAAAUAUAGGAGUAAUCAUAGGAUUUUAAGAUAUGUUGAUAAACAAAAUGUAAAGGAAGAAUUACCUAUUUAAAAGGCAGUAGCUAUUGUUACACCAAUCUUAAUCCAAUUCCUAAUGGACUUUCCGUGGUGUCAAUCAAACUUAAGAAUUUACCAAUCAGAACAGUGCCAGGAAUACGCGCGUGUCCAACAAACACACGCGUUGUCCCGCACAAACGCACGUGUUUGCGUAUGUUUUGUCGUUUUGUGGGACCUUAGCAACAAUAUCCAAGGGGUGGGGCUUAGCGGAAAGGACAUUCUGAUUGGAUGUAUGGACUAGAUUAGGACAAUGAAGUCAACCUUAUUGUAGUGUAGCUUGGUGGUUGAGAUGUUUAUAUUCCAAUCUCAGGUUCCUGGGUUUAAUGAUAACUUAUGAUUUUUCUCAGGCAAACAAACAUCUCCACCCUUGUAACGACAUUACUUUAUAUAGCAUCACAUAUUUUUACUUAUUUAAGAGAGCCUCUGAACAUCAUCCAUCAUCCGCUUACAUUCUAGGAUAAACUAAAAGGGUAUAUAUAAAGCCAUCUUGAGGAGUACCAUUGUGUAAUACAAUGUUCCCGACGGUUAUUUGGACCUGUUCAACCAUGAAGCCUUUGUGGUCUAGUGGUUAUGACGCUCUCCUUGUCAGCGAGAGGUCACAGGUGCGAAUCCCGUCGGAGGAAU